CUUUCAGCCAUAGAAAUGGUUUGUAAAGCGCGUGUAGUAGAAUGUUCAAUUUUUGUUGUACUUGCUAUGUGUUACUUCAGCAAUCAUGCCAAUGGAUUUUGCUCUAGUGAUUUUGACAACGACGAUGAAUAUCCUUACAAAUAUUAUCAAACAAAGACUUUGUACACAACAACGAGAGGAGAUAUAUCUCAUACAGAUAGGCCUAAGAAUUGCACCCCUGAGCGUAUCGCAAUUUUGUUUCGACAUGGAUCAAGGCACCCAGGAGAAGAUGAAGCGGAUAUUUUCGAGUCAUUUGUAGAACUCGCAAAGAAAGUAAACAGUACUGGAAAUGCUGAAAUGUGCCAAAAAGAUUUACAGAAAAUCCAGAAGUGGAAGAAUUGGCAUGUACCGAGUCUUCAUAAAGACCUUGCCGUAACAGGAGUACAGGAACUACAAGGAUUGGCUCAAAGGUUUUCUAAGACUUUUCCAGAAAUUUUUUCCGGAGAAAACCUCGACUCAACAAAACAUAGAUUCAUUUCGUCAAAUACAAGAAGAACAACACAAUCGGCUGAUGCUUUCAUCAAUAGACUUUACUUAAAUUCGACAAAAACUCGACCCACAGUCGAAAUCAAUGACGAGUUGAUCAAAUUUUAUGAUUAUUGCAAAAAGUAUCUCAGAGAAAUAGACAACAAUGACACCGUGACGGAAGACGUCGAUACAUUUAUGGAAGGUCCAAUCAUAACUCGUAUUGCUGAUAUGGUUGCACAAAGACUUGGAAUUCCGCGGAACGAUAUCACAAAUGAGUUGGUAGAUGAAAUCAGAAAAGAAGGGUGCGCGGAAGAAGAAUGGGUGACGGGUCAAGACAGUGUCUGGUGCAAAGCAUUUACCAAAGAAGAUCUCCAGGCAUUUGAAUACGGCGAAGAUAUGGACGAUUAUUUGGAAAAAAGUUUUGGACACAAAAUCAAUCAUAGACAGAGUUGCAAAUUGAAAGAUCUGAUUGUAUCAUUCUUAAAGGAAUCAUUACCUGACGAAAAUAAUAAAGAUAAUAUUGGGCUGUUCGGAUUUGGGCACUCAACCACGAUGAUGUCGUUACUUACAGAAAUGCGACUUAUACGGGACGAAGGUCGACUUGGUAGUGAUGAAUAUCCGGAGAAACGAACCCGAACUUUUCGAGCUUCUAUUUACACUCCUGGAGCAGCUAACAUAGCUUUCGUAGUAUAUAAAUGUGCUGAGAACGAAAGGAAAAUUCAAAUCUUUCUCAACGAAAAACUCAUACGGAUGCCUCUUGAUCAUCCAACUAAUGACCCUGACGGCCUUUGGGACUUAGAGGAAUCGGUUCAAUAUUUUCACGGUUACGAUACGUGCAAUUGGGAUGAUAUAUGCGAGAAUGAAGAACAAAUUCUACCAACAGUGACGUCACAAACAACGGAAAAUAGAGCCAGUAUUUCGAUUGGUGUGGUUGUAUUGGUUGUUUCGAUACUUUUGCUUGUCUUAGUUGGUGCUUUUGUAAUGAUUCUAUAAUUUGAAACAAUCCUAAAUUCCCGAUAAAUAAUCACCGGAGUUCUUUGUAAAAAGCAAAAGCUUCAUAUCCACCAAAUUUGGGUCCGAAAGUAAACAUAUUUUUCCACUUGUUGUACAUAAUUUAUUUCUUUAUGAUCUGUUACAAAAAGAAAUAGUGAAAUUACUAAAAUGAGAAUAGGGUAGAUAAAAUUAGAAAUAUUCCACUUUGCUUUGAAAUGUUAAAGAAACGAACCGAAUCUUCGUGUAUUUUGCUAUUCUCAGGAACCCCAUUUUUCGAUUUCGUCAAAAUUUUUUUUUAUCAUUUUUUAUAUUUUUGCUCCACAUGAUUUUUCUUGGUAAAAUUUGAUUUGUGAAACCUCAACUGAUGAAUAUAAAGCUAUAAACUUUCAGUAUAUAUUAGGCCUACCCCAUAUAAUCAAGAAUGAAUAAAAUGCACUGGACCUUU